CCUGUCCGGAGCGGAGCCGGCGCGGGCGCAGGACGCCAGCGAGCCCGGAGCCCAAGCCGGAGCCACACGGCGCAGCAGCUCAAGCUCCUGUUCGCCAGUGGUCCUAAGAGGCAGAUGCAGCAGUCCCUGACCCCCAUCACAUGGGUGGGAGCCUCCACCAGCUAUGGAGAAGGAUGUGGCCACAACUCCACAUGAUCACUCCCGAAUAAAACCAAAGCCACCUCCAGACACAUGCUCCAGUGCCUCAGUCUCUAUGCAAAACCUGGAGAGUAGAGACCUGCUCCAGUCGCUGGAGGAAGCUGGCUCAGCAGGGGGUGAUUUGAGGACUGGAAUCUGAACGAGGAGCUUUCUCCUUUUGCUCUUCUUCAUUCAUACUCAUGCCCGAUAUCUCCCAGAAGACUGCUUUAUUUAUUUCUAGGAAAACGGUACUGGGCAGUCAUUGUCACCUCCCCAUGUUUGGACAUUUUCUUUUGGCUCCAUUGGGAGCCUAGAGCCCAGUGGUUGACAUAAUUGACACACUGGGAAGCUGGGCAAGAAGUGGCCAGGGCCCGCCGGCAGAGGACAGACCUAUAGGGUCCCAGGAUGGGACCUAACGGCACAGCCUCUUCCUUUUGUCUGGACUCUCCCCCAUGCAAGAUCACUGUCAGCGUGGUCCUCACCGUCCUCAUCCUCAUCACCAUUGCUGGCAACGUGGUGGUCUGCCUGGCUGUGGGCCUGACCCGCCGGCUCCGCAGUCUGACCAACUGCUUCAUUGUGUCUUUGGCUAUCACCGAUCUGCUCCUCGGCCUCCUGGUGCUGCCCUUCUCGGCCUUCUACCAGCUAUCCUGCAAGUGGAGCUUCGGCAAGGUCUUCUGCAACAUCUAUACCAGCUUGGAUGUGAUGCUCUGCACGGCCUCCAUCCUCAACCUCUUCAUGAUCAGCCUCGACCGGUACUGCGCUGUCACGGACCCCCUGCGCUACCCCGUGCUGGUCACCCCAGUCCGGGUGGCUGUCUCCCUUGUCUUAAUUUGGGUCAUCUCCAUCACCCUGUCCUUCCUGUCUAUCCAUCUGGGGUGGAACAGUGGGAGUAAGAACAGCAGUUUCAAUCACACCAUCCCCAAGUGCAAAGUGCAGGUCAACUUGGUGUACGGCUUGGUGGAUGGGCUGGUCACCUUCUACCUACCGCUGCUGGUCAUGUGCAUCACCUACUACCGCAUCUUUAAGAUUGCCCGGGAUCAGGCCAAGAGGAUCCAUCACAUGGGCUCCUGGAAGGCGGCUACCAUUGGGGAGCACAAAGCCACAGUGACACUGGCUGCCGUGAUGGGAGCCUUCAUCAUCUGCUGGUUCCCCUACUUUACCGUGUUUGUUUACCGGGGGCUGGUAGGGGAUGAUGACAUCAAUGAGGCCAUUGAAGCCGUUGUUCUGUGGCUGGGCUAUGCCAACUCGGCCCUGAACCCUAUCCUGUACGCCACGCUGAACAGAGACUUCCGCACGGCAUACCAGCAGCUCUUCCGCUGUGGGCCUGCCAGCCACAGUGCCCAGGAGACUCCUCGGAGGGCUGGCAGCUCUCAGCUGGCCAGGAACCAAAGCCGAGAACCCAUGCGUCAGGAAGAGAAGCCCCUGAAGCUGCAGGUGUGGAGUGGGACCGAGGUCACAGCCCCGAGGGGAGCCUCAGACAGGAAGCCAGCGCUCUCCUGCACUGUGUGCUCCAGCAAACUUCUAAGCUGCUGCAAGAGUCUGUGGGGGCUUAGGUUCCUCCAGAGACACAUGAGAGGCCCCUCAGAGGAGCAACCAGGCGAGCCACUGUCCGAGGAGCCACUGAGGACACCACCCCAGGAAGCAGUGAGGACUCUGCCCUCCGAGGCUGUCUAGACCCGGCCCGGGACACAGAAGAUACUGCUUCUGGUCACCAAGGUUUGACUCCUGGAGCCAUUAAGGACCCAGAAGCCCCCAGAGCCACCGAAGAUGCACCCUAGCCUGAGUCUAGGGACUCCCGGAGCACACAGCGGGGUGCUGGGGUCCUCAGGUCUAGUGCGGAGCAGCCUGUUCUGUGCUCAGCAUCCCUAGCAGACGUUCAGAACUCUCCUGGGCCUGGGUCCGCUGAAUCCCAUGGGUUCAAAGCUCACGUUGGUGCUGGCCCUGAGUCAUGAGCAGAGAUGGCUGGACGUGGCAGAUGUGUGCACAGGUGCGUGUGUGGAUUUGUACACGCAGGAAUGUGCAGGCCCUCUGAGCACAGCAGAGGGUGUUGCCAUAGAGAGUUAGCCUCUCACUCUCUCACAGGUUCUGUAGGAUGAAGGGAAGGAAAGGCGAGGGAAGGGAAGGGAAAGACAGGAAGGAAAUUAGCCUUUCCUGAGCACCUGCCGUGUGCCAGGUACUUCAUCUGCAUGAGCUCACGUAAUCCUUAUAACAUGUGGUAAGAAUCACCAACCUGCUUCACAGAGGUAGAAACUGAGGCUUCAAGAAGACUGGGGCCCGCCCCAGGGCACUCAGCUAGCACGCGUACCUGGCUCCUAGGAGGCACUCGAAAAAUAGUUGUUGAGGGAAGGAAGGAACAGGAGCAUGGGCAAAGAGCCAGGCCUCAAGCCCACAUUCUUGACUUGACAUUGCACUGCUGCUCAGGAGAGAGAUCAAGGUGUUUGCUUGACUCAGCCUACCCUUCUCUUAGCGGGGCUCCGCUCCGGAGCCUGAGGGGUGCCUCCGUGCUGCAGUCCUGCCCCUCUCUGGUGCUUUUCAUCAACAAGAAGUGGUGCGGAGCAGCGCCAACGGCGG